UCAUCACUCUGUGCAAAUGAAAGGUGCUGCUGGGGUUCAUGCUCGAUACACACUCACAAAUUAACCUCUGCUACUGCAAGUUGAAAUACAGUUAGGUAACAUACUGUAUUUACUCUCAGAUUCGAUGCGCUCUGCGGCUGAGUAAGAUACUCUAUAGUCUACCCCGGCUGGAAAUCUAAAGAGGUUAAUUCGUCUGACUCCUCCCUGCGUUGCUGUUUCUCGUAUUGAUAAUCACACCACUUGUGCUUCGCCUUAAAAGGGACAGUGGGCUUCUUGGGAGCGCCGGGAAACCGUGAGGAGCUGUCUCCGUUAUGCAUGGUGCUGAAAGUGCCGCAUCAUGUGGUCAGUCUUCUUUGUCUUUCUGUCAUAUCUUAACAGAAACUUCGUCAAGGGCGACCUAUUGAGUCGCGCUCUGGACGUAGAGAAGGGGAGCAAGGAGAUGUUCUCCAUGCUCAACGGCACCUUUUGCGCAAAAAUGUCAACCGUGCGGGAGAGCUUCCUCUACCAGGUGUCAGACGGAGCCGAGAUGGUGCGCUCCGUUGUCAGCCCCACCGGGAGGUUCGGGGACUGUUCUGUCAUAACGAAACAGAUACAGGUGAAGUCGUUCAUGCACGAGUGCAUGUUGGGACUAAAGGAACACAGAGCCGGGCGGCAGAUGGAGACGCGUUUUGCGCGCAUGGUUGAAGCCAAGCUGAUGUGCCGGGAGUUUAAAGAGAGGUCGGAGCGCAGAGGCAAUGCGAGGUGGGGUGGCAGUGAUGACUCUGCGGUGCGGGACGAGGUUUUAAAAAGAUCCAAGAGAGGCUUCACUUAUCCUGGGACCCUAUGGUGCGGAGCUGGAAACAUGGCUGAUCAUUAUGGCCAGCUGGGAGAAUUUGCAGAUACCGACAGCUGCUGCCGAAUCCAUGACCACUGCCCUCACGUCAUCCAUGCCUUCUCCUCUAAUUAUGGCCACAAUAAUUUCAAGUGGCACUCCAUCUGUCAUUGUGACUGUGAUGAAACAUUGAAAGGUUGUCUUCGGGAAGUCAACGACACAUCUUCCAGGAUAGUCGGCCAAGCGUUCUUCAACGUCAUUGGUGUGCCUUGCUUUGAGUUUGCUGAUGAAGAUCAGUGUGCAGAGCGGCACUGGUACGGCCUGUGUAAACGUUAUGAGAAGUUUCCCAUUGCUGUGCUAAAAGAGGCGGUCCCAUACGACUUUGGCGGUAUCGAUAUCAUCGAUGAGCUGACGGUGGCGCCAUCCAAGAAGAAAGACUCCAAGAAGAGCCAAGAAGAGAAACCGGAGAGUACAAACCAGUCUACAAUGUCUGGCCCUGAAGAGCCUUCUCUCAGAAACGUUGUCACCGCUGCUGAGGACUUCAUUAAGGUCCUUGCCACCGUCUCCACCUCUCAAAGUUCCACCACCGACUCCAAAAAAGGUGAGACGAAAAGUUCAGAGAAGAAGAAGAAGAAGAGGAAGAACACAGGGAAGAAGAAGAAAACCACCAAAAAGCCAAAAGGAAAGGGAAAGGGACAGUGGAGGAAGAAAAAGCAGAAAGCAGAGGAAGCGGCUGCAGUUUCGCCCUCUGGCAGCAAAGCAGAAGAAGUCAUCGGUCUAAAUAACUUCAUCGGUGAGUCGCACAAACACGAGGAGUCAACUCGAAACACAAACAGAGUCGAUGACGGUGAAUAUAAGCUCCUAAAUGAAGUCAUGAAAGAUGAACCAGCGAUAGCUCAGGAGAGCGUUUCCAUUACACCCUCAACAGUCCAGAAGAAAGUAGCAGAGUUCACAUUAGGAAUCACCUCGUCGACGCCAACAACCGAGAGGACUGCUCGUCCACAUGAAGGUCACACCAGAAGGCUCAGAAAGGAAAGGAGAAAGAAGAGCAAGAAAAUCGCUCUUGCUCCUUCUGCAGAGCUCGAAACGAGCACAACAGACAACUUAAAAGCUGUUUCUACCCCCACCGUCAUCACCAAAACACCACAGCCCAAACCACAAAGCCCUGUUGUCAGCCAUGCCAGUACCCCCAUUAUAAUCCCCAAAGUCAAAAGGAACAGGUCAAAGGAGAGAGGAGACAGAGAGGGGAGGAAGAAAAGGAGGAAACUCAGCUCCGCUUCUUCCAUUGUGGCCCCUGCCCAUGAAAAUUCCUCCGUGGACAGCCUGAAAGUGAUCCCUCUCAGUGGGGCUCCCACCGUACCGACGAUGCCCACCACAGAGCGGCGGGUGUCACACAGAACGGACGCUUACGGAGGCAAGACAAGCGUCCGAGGUACAGCUAUGAAUUUUCGUGUUUUGAAAAGGCAAAAGCCAAAAGGGUUGAAAAGCAGAAAGAGGAAAACAGUUUGGCCUCCUUCAAGUGAAAAUCCCCUCUUUCACAAUGGCUCUGAAAAUAUCAUUCCUAUUCUUACAAGUCAAGAGAAGAGCGACCCACUGAACCGCUCUGCAACCACUUCUGCAGGAGCAACAGACAGUCUCAGUGAAUGGAGGCUUUUUACAGCUACCACAGCAGCCACUUCUAUCAUUACACAGCGACACAGGCAGACACUCAGACAGCAGAGAAAACCAAGAAAGAAAGCCAUGGCUGCUUCUCUCAGAGAUGGAGCUUCUAUCCCGAAACAAACUGAACAAACACCAAUUACUUUUACAUCCAUGCCACCCAAAGUCGCCACCACUGGAGAGCUCAAUGUGCACAUCAAUGAAAAAACCCGCGGGACCACCUCAGCAACUCCCGUCAUGAGUCCGAUUCAGUUAUCAAUGGAGAGAGCAAAAGCUCAAUUCACCAGGAAGAAGAGGAGGAAAGCAGCUCAGUCUGUGAGACAGCGGUGAGCCAUGUGGUGAGACAAGAGAGGAAGGAAAACGUAGCCGGCUAGGCUAGGCUAGCUCCGGUUGAUCAGAUACACGUCGACAUCAAAAUGUGUACUGUAUAAUCGUGUCUGCUUCAGCAUUUAAAUCACAGAAAUGAAAAUAAAUCAUAUUUGAUUGUAACAUGAGAAUCAUGUUUUGUAAUACUGUUUCCUGCAUGCAUAUAAUACAAUUUACGAAUGAUUAGUCUAUGUGAAUGUAUCUGCCAGUGCCUGUGUUUUUAUCUAGUGAUGCAAUAAACAAAAACUAACAACA